AUAAGAGCCUUCUGCUGACUGUACGACACUGUGAGAAGGCUGUUUUGUCCAGGAUCCAUCCAUGCUGCAGCCCAACAGGAUGGUAUCUGGGUCUUCCCAUCCGCCCCUCUUGCCAUCACCACGGCUCCCAAUGCCCCUCAACGCACCCCUCCAUGGUGGGCCGAUGCUGGUCCCGCCACCCCCUCCCCCGCCAAGGCCGCCGGCUGCACACCAUGCGCAUGCACACCACCGCAUCGCAUCGCUGAUCGAGGUGUGCGUGCACGUCAGCCACGAAACGGGAGAUGCAGACAUCGACCAACACCAUGUAAGUGGCCAACGAUGAAGGCGAUGAAGGCAAGAAAGAUGCAUGAAGAUGCAUGAUGCUUGGAGUUCAUGGGAUGGUGUGUGUGUGUGUGCGUCGUCAGUAUUAUGUGAUGGGCGAUGGCAAUGAUCUGCGGCAUUGGGGAAGGGCGGGCACUCUGCGGCUGGAUGGGCCGUUCCAGCCGCCGGAGGCACUCACGGAGAGUGCAUUCCGGGGGCACAAAGUGUUCAAACGAAUGGUGAGCAGCGAUGCAUAUGCGAUGCGAGAGGGCUACCAAAAGUGGUUUGUUUGUUGUCCCCUCUCUUGGUGAUUCAGAUCUUGUUGACUGAGUUCCCUCCGCAGGGCAUCCUCAUGUGGAAGGUGAGGCGGCGUAAAGAAAAGGAUCAGUCCACUGCAGGGCCCUGAACACAUGCAUCUCUGCAGGUGGUGAAGGUGCCCAAGUCGAUGCCGUUGACCGAGCAGUCCCCCGUCCCCCCUCCGCCCAUCUCAUCGGCGGAGCUGCCCGACGAACCCAUGUUCGGCCACGACUCCAUGGCCAGGGAUGGCGUCACGUGCAGCGGGCCGCGCAUCAUCCGCCUAAGGCCCACACACGACAUCAAGGAGGUCCCACCAAUACUCAAAAUUCACCCCGUGUAAGCACAGGACACCUACACACACACAGACAGACACACAGAUGGAUGGAUCGGUGUGCGUGUUUGGUUGUGUGUGUGUGUGUGCAGGACUCGUGGGGUGCGUCAGGUAGUGGCUGAGGACGUUGUGUAUCCCGUGUACUGCGACCCGAUGCUGCCGCCCCCGCCCACCGCACACGGCAGAUCGAGGCAGCCCUCGGCGCACAACGACAGAUGAGAGAGAGGAUGAUUGCGUGGGUAACAUGGUUCAUGGUUUGCUGAUUGCGUGUCGUGGUGGUGUGCGGCUCGAGUUCUGCCGGUACGUGCGGCGGGGUGCGCGGAACUGGUGGCGGCAGCACCACUGCUCGCCGUCCACACGUUCUCGUUCAGACCGGCACGUACCGGUAGAAUGGAGAUGGUGAUACAGACAGACAGACAGACAGAAAGCGUCCGAGAAAGGCAUACAGAAGGAUCGGUAACUGCUGUAACAGUGCUCAGUGCAUCUGCGUCCUUUGUUCCUUCGCCACGGCGUUGUCGGCUGUGUGGCUGCCAGCGUGCCCUGCAUCGGGCUUUCUGGCCGUCGCUGAAGAGAGAAUGCCGGCCGAAGUCAGAUGGGCCGCCAGUCCGCACGAGAAAGCUAUUGUGUGACUGUGGUAAGUUAACAUAAAGAUAGAGAGGGGCAGGGAGACUGCCUCAUGUGUUGCACACUGGUAUGGGUGGUCGGGAGGGCGGUGCGUGGGCGGUUAUUGGACCUUUUGCUGUUCUGUCCGUGGCGAGGG